CGCGAGGAGCGAGCUGUUUCCAGGACCGAGGGACUGAACGUAGCCCGAUCGUCCUGGGAGGGCUCAAGGCACCGGCGGCCAGGACCGGCUGAGGCGUCUGCGGCCGGCCUGGGGUACGGCGGUCGGGAGCAGGGGACGCGGGUGAGCGUAGGGGCUCCACUCGCAGCAUUUACCCAGGCUCGGGUCUCCGUUUAUUCUGGGACGGGCGGAACAAGUGCCCGGGCAAUAGCCGAGGCAACUGUCCCGUAAGAGUGGCUGAGUCCUCAGCCACUGUCCAUGGCUCCAGGAGAGGCUGUGGUCGUGGCGAAUGAAGAUCCUAACCAACAGCAGAGCGAUGGCACCCCUGCGCAGGAGUACACCCUUCCGGAGGACCGACGCGUCUCGGCCCAGCUCAGCAUCUCGGCCGAUCCCAGCAACUCAGUCCACCCUGGCUUCUCGAUCCGCCCCAGCAUCUCGGCGCACCCAAGCAGUUCGGCCCACGCCAAUACCUUAGCCCAGUCUGGUGGCUUGGCUCACCCCAGGAGCUCGGGCCUUGAGAACCUCAGCGUAAUCAAGGUGAGCAAGCGCCGUUGGGCGGUGGUCCUGCUGUUCAGCUGCUACUCCAUGUGCAACGCUUUUCAGUGGAUCCAGUAUGGCUCCAUUAAUAACAUCUUCAAGCACUUCUACGGGGUCAGUGCCUUUGCCAUUGACUGGCUGUCCAUGUGCUACAUGCUGACGUACAUCCCUCUCCUCCUGCCCGUGGCCUGGCUGCUGGAGAAAUUUGGCCUGCGCACCAUCGCCCUCACUGGCUCUGCUCUCAACUGCCUGGGUGCCUGGGUGAAGUUGGGCAGCCUGAAGCCACAUCUCUUCCCGGUCACCGUGCUGGGCCAGGUCAUCUGCUCUGUGGCCCAGGUCUUCAUUCUGGGCAUGCCCUCCCGCAUUGCUUCUGUUUGGUUCGGGGCUAAUGAGGUUUCAACAGCCUGCUCCAUAGCUGUCUUUGGCAACCAGCUUGGAAUUGCACUUGGGUUCUUGAUCCCUCCUGUCCUGGUACCGAAUAUCCAAGACCGGGACAAGCUCGCCUACCACAUCAGCAUCAUGUUCUUCAUAAUCGGAGGCGUGGCCACUCUGCUUUGCAUCCUUGUCAUCAUCGUAUUCAAGGAGAAGCCUAAACAUCCCCCCAGCAGGGCUCAAUCCCUGAGCUAUGCCUUGGCACCUCCUGAUGCUUCAUACUUAAGUUCAAUUGUCCGGCUCUUCAAAAAUCUCAAUUUUGUGCUGCUUGUCAUUACCUACGGUCUGAAUGCUGGUGCUUUUUAUGCCUUGUCUACUCUGCUGAAUCGCAUGGUGAUCUUGCACUACCCGGGGGAAGAAGUGAAUGCUGGGAGAAUCGGCCUGACCAUCGUCAUUGCAGGAAUGCUUGGGGCUAUGAUCUCAGGGAUCUGGCUGGAUAGGUCCAAGACCUACAAGGAGACAACCCUGGUGGUCUAUAUCAUGACUGUGGUGGGCAUGGUGGUAUACACAUUUACCUUGAACCUGAGACGCCUGUGGGUAGUGUUCAUCACUGCUGGCACAAUGGGUUUCUUUAUGACUGGCUAUCUCCCGCUGGGAUUUGAGUUUGCUGUGGAGCUGACCUACCCAGAAUCGGAAGGCAUAUCAUCUGGCCUCCUCAACAUGUCUGCCCAGGUAUUUGGGAUCAUCUUCACCAUCUUCCAGGGCCAGAUCAUUGACAACUACGGAACCAUGCCUGGGAACAUCUUCCUGUGUGCAUUCCUUGCCCUUGGAGCAGCCCUCACUGCAUUCAUUAGGCCAGAUCUCCGGAGGCAGAAAGCCAACAAAGAAACUUCUGGGAAUAAACUCCAGGAGGAGGAGAGCAGUACCACCAGUAAAGCCCCCACCAGUGUGUCUGAGGAGCAUCUCUGAGAGAAAAAGGGGGUGGUGACUCAGGGACCAUGGCGAACAUGCUCCACCUCUUCAGUCAGCACAGCUCCCACCACCAGCACCGAGGGCUUCGCUGGAGCAGCUUUUGGAGGGAACUGGUGGGAAUAUCUGUGGCUUGGACGGCAGUGCCUCUGCCCUCUGGAACCCACUCAAGAGCUUGCAUGGUCUGCUUGGGGAAACUCGCGCCUUCCACCACCUGCGGAGUCCAUUCCUGCCCCUCCCCCUUGUAGGUUCUGGGAGCUGGUGUUGGGAGAGGCCAGUGGAGACCAAUGGAGUCGGUCCUGGCUUGGUGCCUUCCCUUCCCUCUUCACCUCCGUCCCUCGUGAAGAAAGUCUGCGAAAUUACCACAAAAGAAAGCUCAUUCAAGAUAUUAACUUUUUCUAGUGUCUUAAAGACUCUUAGAAGCCCAAUUCUAAGGCGUGUCAGCUGCUGUGGAUGAGGGUCACUCCUGGGUCAUCAGACUGAUGGGCUCUAGUUCUGUAGGAGAGAAAGCACCUCAGAACAAACCCUCCAGAACCCGGGCCUCAGUUCUCCUGGCCUAAUGCUGGCGUCUGUCUCAACCCUCUUCCUAAGAGCCACUCAAACUAAACAUCAAUAAACUUGACAAAAACUUU